GUGGUGGCCGGACCUAGCCGGAGCUAGAGCUUCAAUGGAGGAAAUAGUGUUGGAAGCACUUUUUUCCGGUGAUGGAGAAGCUCAGGUUCAGGCGGCCACCAAUCUCAGUAAACUAUCCAGCAGGCAGAGACACAAGUUGGCCGAGAAAGGAGUCAUCUCUCCCCUGCUCUCGAUGCUUCUUUCACAAGAUUUCAGAGCCAUUGAAGCAGCUCUGUUUGCCCUGCUCAGCAUCGCCUUCGGUAGCGAACGUAACAAGAUUCGAAUAGUGAAAUCCGGGACUGUUCCCCUGUUUCUAAGAUUUCUUCAAUGCGAGAGCGAAUCACUGAUCGAUCUCGCCGUUGCGGCUCUGUUGACCCUCUCUUCCUGCACGGCGAACAAGCACGAAAUCGCCGGUUCCGGGGUUAUUCAACAUUUAAUAGAACUUCUCGCCGCAGAUUUCACCGGCGACGCCCGCCCCAUAAGUCUGCAAGCCAAGUUCGAUGCCAUAGCCACGCUCCACAACCUCUCAACCUGCAAAGAAAUCACCCCACUAAUCGUCUCCAGCGGAAUUGUUUCUUCCCUGCUGCAAAUAAUCUCCAACUCCGACAAGUCCUCCGGGCUGGUGGAGAAGGCGACGAUGCUUCUCGAAAGCGUGGUUUCCUCUUCGGAGACAGCGCUCCGGGAAAUAGGCGGCGAGGAGGGUGCGAUUCCAGCAAUGGUGGAGGCGAUAGAGGAAGGUUCUGCCCAGUGCAAGGAGAGUGCGGUGGCAAUUCUGGCGGUGAUGUGCCGGAGUUGCAGAGAGAGGAACAGGGGAUUGAUAUUGAGGGAAGGGGCGAUGCCGGGGCUGCUUCAGCUGAGCGUGGACGGCACGGCGAGGGCGAAGCAAACGGCGACGGAGCUGCUGUGGCUUCUGAGAGAUUGUUCCAAGUAUGGGUCAAGGAGGAAGAAGGCAUUGAAGAGGGAAGUGAAGGUAUUGGAGCAGGUAAUGGAAGAAAUCAAUGGAGCAGGGGUGAAGGAAGGGACGGCUCUGAGGAUGGUGGAGAAGAUGAUUGCAAAGCUCAGUGUUUAGAAUGCUCUGUAAAUUUUGAGUACUCGUUAAUGAAUUUUACUAGAAACUA